CCCGGCACCGACAGCAGCCCCGCACCGCCCCGCAACGCCCCCUCCUCCAGGUGACACCCGCGCCCACGCCGCGCUGCCUGGGCGGCCCCGCGCGCCCCGGCGUGGCCCCGAGACGCCCCGCGAGUGACCGGACUCUUGGCCUUUUUUUGAGUGCACGCCCACCAUGUGUGGCCCAGGCGGCGCGCGCUGAGGUGCCCCGCGCCGCGCCGCGCCCACCACUGUCUCGGGAAACAGACAGGUGUGGACUGUGGAGGUCUGGGCUGAAGGAAGUCCCCUGAGCAGACCCUUCUCGCUCAGCAGGUGGAGGAAAACUGCUCCACGCCUCUCCACACGAGGAAACGUCCACUUGACCCACACCGAGACCGAUAUACACAAACAGACAAUUCAUCACCAGUGGAGGAAACUUUCUCUCCCUCAAAAAUAAAGUGGAGGAAAAGGAGAAUCACCACCCGGUCUCUCCUCUCUCCACUUUCUCUCCGCUGAAGCAGGAUCAAGUGGAGGAAAGACUGCUCUCUCCACCACUCCUUGCAUCGCGUGGAGAGAAGAAGUAGCAUCGGAGGAACGUGUCUACAGUGGAGGCAAGCUGUACACCUGCGGCCGUUUUGAGACAUGAAUUGGCGUGGACUUCGGUAGCUGAAGGAACGCUCUCAUUGGCUAAGCAGGCCGGGGCGUGAUGGCCAACGACAGACUGUACCCGUAUUACCGCUUCGUCAUCAACGUCUCGGACUACCAGGACGCCGCCUACGAGGAGCUUCUGCACUGGUCCGAUGCCGUGCUCAGCCAGAUCUCUCGGGCUGAUGGCGGCCCCCCUGACUCCCCCGCCCCCGCCGCCCCGCCGCCCCCGCCUCUCCAUGCAGCCCCCAACACCACCACGUCAUUGUUGCAGGAGGUGACCUCCUCCUCCCUCUCCCUCAUGUACAAUUUGACUUCGGGGAUUGACCUUGGCCUCAACUGGUCAUCCUCCAACCCUCUCGUGCCUUCCUCGGGGCUGGACCCCCUCUCGGCCGCCAACUGGUCCUCCAGCCUCGACCUCGACGCGCUGCCACUUGACCUCCUCAACGGAAGCUCAACCUCGGGAACAGACCUCGCCCUCAACGGCUCCCUCGACGCCCUGACCGACGGGUACGAUGUCUUCAACGGCACCAACCUUACGGCGACAGGUGUGGACGUGACAGUUGUGGAGACGCGGAUCAACAGGUAUUCCAUCUAUGAGGUAAUACUGAUCGCUGUGGUGGCUGGCUUCCUGUCCAUCGCCACGCUCAUCGGGAACUUGAUGGUGAUGAUCAGCUUCAAGAUUGACAAGCAACUGCAGACCAUCAGCAACUACUUCCUCUUCUCCCUGGCCGUGGCGGACAUCACUAUAGGUGUUACCAGACCCCUGACCUACCGCGCCAUGAGGACCCCGAGACGAGCCGCGGUGAUGAUUGGCUCCGCGUGGAUCAUCUCCCUCAUCCUCUGGCCGCCCUGGAUCUACUCGUGGCCGUACAUCGAGGGACACAGAACUGUUCCCCCGCGUGAGUGUUACAUCCAGUUCAUCGAGACCAAUGAGUACGUUACCUUCGGGACGGCCAUCGCUGCCUUCUACCUGCCCGUGACGGUGAUGUGCGGGCUCUACUGGCGCAUCUGGCGGGAAACGGAGAAGCGGCAGAAGGACCUCACCAACCUGCAGGCGGGCAAGAAGGACCCCAGCAAGCGAUCCAACUCCAGCGAGGCGGAGGAGGCCGUUGAGACCGAGGACUGGAGGCGACAGCGCUCCGAGUCCUCCACCGCCAUGGACGAGAUAGAGACAACGUAUGUGCCCACUGCCAUGGUCAUUGAGAACACUAAGUACGCGGCCAGCCAGGGGCGGACCACCGGCUCUGGCUGUUGUCGGGGCCUCGCUUCCUGCAUCAAGAGGACCGUCGACCGCGAGGAAUCCAGCAGCCAGAUCGGGGGUCACCGCUCCGGCUACCACACCCCCGGCUACCACACCCCAGGCUACCACACACCCGGCUACCACACACCCGGCUCGGCGGAGACCACCCUGCCCACCUCGGUCUCCCGCUGCACGUCCCUCAACUACAUCCGCGAGCCGCUGUCCGUAACGCCGACGCGCUACCGCCAGAACUCCAUGAUCCCGCUGGUGGAGCGCGCCGAGCGGGCCGACCACCACCACCCGCACCACCACCACUACCAGCACCCCCACCACGGCGCCUCGGCCACGCUGCCCCGGGCGGAAAGCACCCUGGGCGUGGGCGGGCGGGGCGGCAUGAUGGGCGGGCGGCUGGCGACUCGCUCCCACUCGUCGGACUCCGUGUACACCAUCCUGAUCCGCCUGCCGCACGACCCCUCGCAGGACGGGCCGCUGCACCCGCCCUCCAUCGUCAUGAUCGAGGAGGAAGGGGGCGGCGCCGGCGGUGGUGGCGGCGGGGCAGGCACAGGCGGCGCCAACAGCGGGCAGGACGGUGGCAACGCCAACUCCGGGGGCCACAAGCUGAGGUUUGAGCGCGGCACGUCCCCGCUGGCCCGCCGAGGGGAUUCGGUGUGCUCCGACCCCAGCGGGCAGAGCACGCGCGUGGAGUGUUCGCUGCACCCCGGCGGCCCCGACGGCACCUCGCCCGUGCCCAGCCGCCGCGCCCAGCAGCUGCCGGACAUCAAGAUCCCCCUCAACGCCAAGAUUAUCCCCAAGCAGCUCGCCAAGACGGGCGGCGGCAGCGGCAACUCUGGCGGCAGCGCGGGCGUCGGCGGCCACAACUCCGGCGCCUCCACGAUGCCCAAGAAGAAGAAGAAGAAAAAGAGCCAGGAGAAGAAGCAGGACCGGAAGGCCGCCAAGACGCUGUCCGCCAUCCUGCUGACCUUCAUUGUGACCUGGACGCCCUACAACGUGCUGGUGCUGCUCAAGACGUUGUUGGCGUGCAAGGCCGACGACUGCAUCCCGCGCCAGCUCUGGGACUUCUCCUACUACCUGUGCUACAUCAACUCCACCAUCAACCCCAUGUGCUACGCCCUCUGCAACGCCGCCUUCAGGAGGACCUACGUGCGGAUCCUGACCUGCAAGUGGCACAGUCGGAGGCGGCAGGGCGUGCAGCGGGGCUACUACAGCUGAGGUCGCCUAACCUGCCGCCUAGCACGAGCCACCUACCAGCUCCUCUUCCUCCUCCACUUGCACUGGCAGGCGAGCAUCUGAAGCCGCGCCGCGCUGCCGCCCCCGCGCCCCCCGAACGAUCCCCAGCAGGCUCCCUCGCCCCCCGCUAACCCCCGCAACACACACACACACACAAACAGGCUGUCCUAAGUAACCAGUAGCAAGGCAGUGGUGACAACGGCUCUGAUACAGACUACUGGUCACACACACACACACACACACCGGAAGUGGACCCCCGCGCCGCCUGGUCCCCUGGGUCUAAUCAGGGACCUAAUCAUGUUACCAACUCGCACGAAAUAUCAACUGCUUGUCUGCAAAGGGUGAUUAGCGAGUCAAGGACGAAGCAGUAUGGCAGGUCAGGACGGCGUGAAGGUUUAAUUUAGACCCUGUUGACACACACACACACACACACACACACACAGAGAGGAAGGUUGUGGUAUCAGACAGAGUGAUUGCAACGUUAAUGGAAUGGCUUGGCGUUGGUUACACUGCUUGCUACUCAACACACACACACACACACACACUCAGAGGAAGGUUGUGGUAUCAAACAGAGUGAUUGCAACGUUGAUGGAAUGGCUCGGCGUUGGUUACACUGCUUGCUACUCAACACACACACACACACACACACACCCAGCGCUCAUGUCAACAAUGAAUAGCAAACAGCCCACAUUUUCACGUCAACAGUAAACCUGGAAAAAACAAGUCGUAUGUCUGUCAGUCUAUCGUGUUUGCCAGCGAGAGUAACACACGGGAAGGGGACCAUGGAAAGCCUUGUCACCCAUCACGGUCUGGUCACAUGCUAGACUCGUCAUUGCCAGGAAGUACCUUUUUGUCAGCGGAAAAAAAUAUACACGCACUACCCAACAUAACCAUACAUACAUACAUACAUAUACACAUACAGGAGGAGGGAAGCCUGCUGGAAACACGUCAAGCAAUGAUAGUGAAAACAAGAAAUCAACAGUAACAUUAAUUAUCUUGAAAAUAGGCAACACUUCCCGCCGUUCUCCGCCUCCUCUCCCUCUCUCUCCCUCUCCCUCUCUCCCUCACCUCGCGCUCUCACUCUCGCUCACUGAUUUUAGAAUUUGCUCCACCGUCGAUAUACGAAACUACAGGAAAUAUAGGCAAUAAACAAGAGAAUACAGCGGAGAAACGAGAAAUAUUAAACGAAGCACGGAAGAAACAACAUAUCCAGCGAUGAGAGGGAGAAAGAGAGAGAAGAGAAAGGAAAUACAUGUUAGGAAGAGACGAGAGGGGCUGAGACGGCAGUGGGUAGGGGCGGCAGCCAAGCCAGAAAGCGAGAGAAAGAUGGAGAGAAAAUGAAAGAAAAUAAGAAGCACUGAAAGAUCUCUGUAAGGUGUCUCCGCUGGUCUGGCUGGUUCUUGGUUUACAUAGACAUUUGAAGAAGCUGCAGUGUUGCCAAAACGAGCUAAAAACAAAGAAAAACGAAGCAAAAACGAGAUGGAAGAAGAAGAAAGACGAAAGAGGGAAAUAUGAAAAAAGUAGACCAAAGCAAAAUGAUGGAAAGGAAGGAAAACAAAGCAGGGAAAUAAGAAAUAAAGUGGAACGAAACAAAAGAUGGAAGGCGAGAAGAAAAAACGAAAUGAGGGAAAUAAUAAAAGUGGAACAGAGUAAAACAAAAGAUGGAAGAAGGCAAGCAGGAAAAACAAACGAGGGAUAUAAAUAAGUAAAGUGAAACAAAACAAGAGAUGGAAAAACAAACAAGAAGAAAACAAGCGAGAAACAUAAGUAGAACAAAAACAAAUAUGAAAAGGAAGACGAAAAGAAAGUGGAACAAAGCAAAAAAAAAAUGGAGAAAAACAGGAAAAAAAAAGAGGAAAUAAGAACAUUGGGAGUGUGUUUGUCUGUGUGGCGGGUUAGCUAAUGUGUUCAAGUGUAUAUUGAUGGUAGUGGAGUGUGUUGCAAAGGUUGUUUUUUUCCCAUCUUGCUCGCGGAAUAGACUGUCAGAAUUUGCGUUCCUUCCAGCGUUGUUCAGCAGUCUCAGACCGCGUUCUUUUAGCGUUCAAGCCUGGAAGAUGAUGAAUGAGUUGGUGUUUUUGAGGGCGUUUUAAUAGUAGAGUUCAUGUGAGCACAAAAAAAAAUGAUAUACACAUAAGGUUGGGUUUGAAUUUGAAUUUUCGCGCGCUGAGCUAUACUUCACUGCCAGGCGCGCGCAUAUCUGUGACGUCAUCUGUUUUCUUCUUCUUUUAUCCUUUGAUUAUCGUACAGUUUUCCAUACAUUCACUUCUUCCUUUUCUUGGUCAUUCUCACCCUGUCACCAGUCACUAUAAUGAUGUUAAGAUGGUAUUGGAGGAUAAGGAGACUGGUUAGGCUAUAAUUUGAACGAGUAUAAGGAAAGGAAAGUAAAAAGCAAGUAUUAACAGAAAGGAGUAAAAGGAAAUAUUAAUGAGUUGGUAAGGAGUAAAAGAUAAUAAGAGUAAUAAAAGUUAGAAGUAAAAGAGAGUUAGUAAGUCAGAAAGAAAGAAAAUCAGUGAAAAUAACUUAGUAAACGCACAAAACUUACUGUGAUGAAACAAAACUAACAGAGGCUUCUUUCUUGGAUGUCUCAGGAUGGGAAAACAAGAAAGGAAUAAACGAAGAUACCCAAUAAAUCCAUAUAUAGUACAAUCCACGUCAGCGGGACUUGAUAAGGAAAAAAAUAUUGAUUGGCUGGAGAAUGGGAGAGAGGCUCAAUGUCUUGUAUUUUCAUUUGUCUCGUCACACUUGGGAAGGAAAGAGAAGGAAUAGGAAGAAGGAAGAAAGGGAGGAAGAUGAACAGUGAGAGUGGGAGGACGGAAGGAAAAAAGGGAGAAUUGGAGGAAGAGGAAGAGUCGGAAUUGAGGAGGAAAGAAGGGAGGAAGAGAGAGACGAGGAGGAAGAGUGGAAGUAGGAGAAAAGAAGGGCAGGAGGAAGAGGAAAAGGGAGAGUGAAACGAAGGGAGGGAAGGAGAAACAAAGAGAAAUCAGUCUACAGUUGGUCACGUGACGGGUGGGUUGUGCGCUUACGGUACUCAGAUUCAAAUACCAUUCUUCACUUAUUUUACGAUCCCGCGGCCGUUUGAACAAGGUAAUUUUAUCCCUUACACCCUCGUUUUGUUAUUGAAGAAACUUCAAGAAGAUUCAUUGUCCCAGAAGUCUUAUUAGUGAAGUGUUGCUGUCUUAUUUAACGUUUCUGCUGGCUCCUUCUAACCAAAUCUUUGUCUUAAUCUACUAAUUUGCUUUUAUUUUUAUUUAUAGGCUUUGUUUUCUUUCUAUGUACUUCAUUCUAACGUACUUAAAGCCACUUAAUUACGAAGCUUUCUAUUUUUUUUCUCUCUAAUUCGUAACCUAAUGACGGUUUUCGUAGUUUAUUGCAUAUUUCACGAUUUUCAUUUUUUUUCUACAUGUAACCUAACCUCACUUAACAUAAGAUUAUCACGUUUAUUUAUUUAUUUAUUUAUUUAUUAUUUCGUACCAUCUGUCGAUUUCUUAUUUCAUGCAUUUCAAGUUAAUUUCCUAAACACUCCUAUUACCAUCAUUUUACCGUUCUUUUCCCCUUCUUUUUCCCAUUCAAACUAAACUUCAUUAUUAUCACGUUUAUAUUCUUGACUCAGAACAUGUAACCUAACCACACUUACAUAAAAUUAUCACUUUUUUUUUUUCAUGCAUUUAAAGUUAAUUUCCUAAACUACUAUUACCAUCAUUUUCCCUCUUUUUUCUCUUCUCUUUUUGCCAUUCAAACUAAACUUCAGUAUUAUCACGUUUAUAUUCUUGACGAACUCUAUAAUCUCCUUUGUGUCACUGAAAAUCUGUUGCUCUCCCUGUCUUUCAAUCCUUACUCUCUUUUCACUCUUAUCGCUAUUUCAAAAGCAGUGGACGGCUAUUUUUAUUUUCUCUCUGGUCAGCCAUCUCCUGUAGUAAUAAAUUCUUCGCAAUAAAAUAACCCUGCCCCCAUGAACGCCCUCUGUCGCUGUAUCGGAUAAAGGAUGGAGGGGAGCGAGGUAGCCUAAUAUGGAUUGAGUGGACGAGAAUUUAUUUUUUUGAUUUCUCUAUUUUUUUUCUCUACUCUUGAUGCGAUAUAAAUCAUUUGACGAUGAUUUAUGUGUUUAUUUUGAAUUGGGCGUAAGAGAUUUUAUUCAUAAAUAUUUUUACCUGUAUUUCAUAUGAUAUAAAUUGACAAGAUGGCUCUUUUAUGGUUAUUUCAUACGUUGAUUAGCCUAUCCAUCAUCCACAUUUUUUUCCUUAUUUUCAUUCACUUAUUUCCACCUAAAACUUCCAUUAUACUUCAUGGGGAAGUUGACAUGAUUUUUUCUUAUUUUCUUUAUUGUACGUUAAAAAGCCUAGCAAUCCUCCACAUUUUAUUUUAUUUUAUUAUUCAUUGUUUUAUUUCCUCCCAAAAUCCAAUCUCGCAUGUCUUUCUUUUUCAUAAUUGAUGUGGUACAGUUGACAAGAUUUAUUCACUUCUAUCUGAGUUCAUUUUGCGACAGUUAUCCUAAGCAUUUAUAUUUAUUUGGUUCCCUCCUUAUUCUCCCAAAUCCAUUCGUAACAUUUUUUUUUCCUUCUUAUCAGUUUCGUCUUUGUUCAUUGUCUUUCUCAUAUCCUCUGUUAUCACCUUUUUUUUUUUUGCGUGUCCAAUAGUAUAAUUUAUCUUGCUCUCUCUAUUUUUUUUCAUUGACUACAGACUCACCAAUCAUAAUCACGACUUACAUUUUUUAGUUUUUUCGUAUUAUCUUCAUCGUUCAUCAUAUUUUUGGCGUUAUUCCUCGUGUCAGUCGUUUUUUUGCAGUUUUUUUUGUUCGUCAGCAGAAUUGUUCCUUCAAUCUAUAUUUUAUUCGUUCAAUCAGUGACCCCUACUUCUUAAUCAUCCUUUUUUUAUCAUCACUUUCCCAUCCUUAUUUUCUUUAUUGAAGGUUAAGCAGCCUAGCAACCUUCACAUUUUAUUUUAUCUUGUUAUUAUUCAAUGUUUUAAUUACUCCCAAAAUGCUCGACUCACGCUCAGACCUUUUUUCUUUAUUGAACGUUAAGCAGCCUAGCAACCUCCACAUUUUAUUUUAUCUUUUUAUUAUUCAAUGUUUUAAUUACUCCCAAAAUGCUUGACUCACGCUCAGACCUUUUCUCUCGUUAAAAUAUGUAAUUAGACCAAAAUUCCUGUGUUGGCCAACGGGACGGAGAUCUACAGCUUAAGCUCCUACUUUAUUUUCUUACCUGUGUUUAAUUUCCUUCAGUGGCGUCACGAUGCUAAUGACCCAAUCCAAACCAAGCUAACGAGAGUGUGAGAGAGAGAAAAAAACUUGUCGAGGUAAACUUGAAAACAAACAAACAAAACACUUUCCAUGACGAAGAUGAAGAGACGGAAAAAGGAAAGUGAAUUCAAAUAAUUGUUCUUCCUUAAAUAAACUUAAUAACUCAUAGCUGCCUACACGGAAGCCUAAUAAAUGCUCCUUCCUCCCUCGUCUCUUUCAAGGUAAUAUAUAUAUAUAUACACGCGUACUGCCAUUUUUUGCAAGAUAUAUACAAAGCCCCUCCCCUGCCCCCCCCCCCUCCCCCCUCCCCAUUCUAUCCAAAACAUUUCUCAUAUUGCGUUUGUUAUUGUUACGCCUUCCAGUGUAUGAUAAGUAUUUCCAAACUCGUACCGAAGCAAUAUUUCCCAAGCAGAUUUUAAUAUUACAAAAGCUGCAAAUACGUCAUCACAUGCAAAAAUUAUGAAACAGUAUUGAGUGAAAAGAAUUAGAAGAAAGAAGAUCAUUAUUUUAUACAGUUUCAUUAUCAAAACAGUAGUAAUUUAGGCAAAGUAUUAUAUAAAAGAUAAUUUCCAGACCAUUAUCAAAACAGUAUUAAAUGAGUUGAAAGUAUUACAGAAAUGAAAAGAAAAAGAUCAUUCUCUUCCACAUAAUCAAAACCAUAUUUCUAAUCGAGACAAAGUAUUAGAUAAAAGGAGAUCAGUUUUAAACCUCAUUAUCAGCAGUAUUAAUUGUGCCAAAAAUAUCUGCUCAAGCAAUGCCUAGACCUCAUUAUACAAACUUUGGGCACAAGGAAACACCCCACCCUCUCCCCCACCCCCCAACCAAUUCUUAUAUCCCCAACCAAAGUGAUUUUCUACUGUGACCUGUUAAUGGAUAGGUUUUGAUAUAGGUGAUCCUCCCUCUAUUUUUGUACAGGUCGCUGCCGCCGCCUCCUCGGGCUCGCGGCGGCGGCGGCGGAGGCACGGUUUUCAAACUUCGUCACGCCAACAAAUUUUAAACUUUUUGGAUUUCCUCCGUGUUUGAGAAGAUGAUUGAAUUGUACUUACGUGUUUCUACGGGUGAUACGGAACUUUGCCCUGCUUCGGUUGUAUCCAUUCUCCUUGUGAUUUGUUUGUUUGUUUGUUGUUUAGGGAAUGUUUUAGUAUUCGAAUUGUGCUGAUUGCUUUUAAGAACGAUAAUUACUGUUUUCCGUGCAUUUGUUCAUCAGCACUUUAUUUGCAUUAAUGAAAGCCGCUCAAGGACAAAAAUGAGUAAAAGCAAAAAGCCCACUCAUCAUUUUACUUAUAUAUUUUAUUUUCAUGACAGUUUAUUACUAUUUUGAGAGCAGUAUCAUUAUCUAAAGUACAUUGACAUUAAUUAUUUUUUUCUCAUUUAUUAGUUUAUAUAUUUUUGUUUUUGUGUUGCCUUUUAUAACGCCUGACAUUUCAAUCAUCCUGGUUGUGCUCUGGCGUGGAAAUCCAUUAUUAUUAUUACUAUUGUUAUUAUUAUUUUUGUAUUAUUAUUAUUAUUAUCAUUAUCAUUAUCGACAGUCUUACCAGCAAAGUUCCCAGGACUGUUAGUUAAGUCCGCCACAACCACAACUUCCUGUAAUGAACGCAUCAAACUUCCACCAUUUUAGGAACAUUCCAACAUUCCAAUUUUCUCGACCCUUCCCCUUCCCACCUUUUUUCGUUCGGUUCCCGGGGCCAGCCAUCAAACGUUGGUCACCCCUCCACGAACCCAAGCCAUCACUCAUUACAUCGAAAAGCUACCCAGUCACAUCGCUCCGUUCUCUGUACAUAACACACUAACAAAAACAAUUACCUAACCUGAAAUAACUGAAGUAACUGAUUAACGUGGAUGAUUCAUAAGACUGAUUACUACUACUAGGCCGUGUGUGUGUGUGUGUGUGUGUGUGUGUGUGUUGUAAAGAUAACGAGAAUAUGUGUGGUUAUGGUUAAAAAAAGAAGAGUAAUGAUGUUUCUCCACAAGUUUUGAAGGGAACUAAUCAUUGUGUGUGUGAGUGUGUAUGUGUGUGUGUGUGUGUGUGUGUGGUGAUGGUGGUAAGGAGGAGGAGGAGGAGAAACCUUUCGUCGAUGUUGCGCUGUAUUAUAAUAUUCCCAAAGUCUCGCAGCGUCCAAUCCUACACUCCGUUCGUUCGUGUGUCGGUUUGUAUUGGACGCUAGAGGUUCCCGUAGCUGUUUAGGGUGUGCACUCCAGUUAGCACGCACCCUUCCAAUCUGUACGCACCACGAAAACAAAAAUACUGCAAAAAUUGAGCUUGGAAAUUAAAAGAAAUGGAGAAAAAUCAAAAUGGAGAUAGGUAAACCGUCUCUAUUUUGGCAUUUGUUCAUUUUAUCCCAUUCCUCGCCUCUUUUUUUCAGUGAUUUGGGUGCUAUUUGGAGGGCUGGGUUCGAACUGGUGUGCACACUGGACCCGUUUGUAACCACCCCGCCACUCCUCACACUCAGUCUUGCCGAGGCUAACGGUAUAUUCUGAAAGACACAUGUACAUUCGCAGGUUUAGAUAUAUUUUCUAUGGAAGGCUUAUUUGCGUAUUUUUCCAUUGGUAUAUAUAAAUAUAUAAACGUAUACAUAACAUACCUAUUAUGAUAAUCUUCCAAGCUAUACUACGGUACGAUAUAUGAAUGUUGAAUCAUUUAAUAAGCGUUAAUAAUAAUAAUCUAUUUGUACACACAUGUAAUGAAUACUAUAUAUAUAUAACAAACAACAUACGACUCACCUGUUUACCUGUGCAACCUAGAUGAUAAUGCUACCAAUAACUUCACAAUUAACCGGUUUGUAUACCUGUAAACAAAGGACCCCAUCAUGUGUUGUCGCCCAUUCUUAGUCAUACAAUACAUAACACGACAUUUUGUAAUCGUGGGGGAAGGUGAUUGUGACCCAUUUUCUGUGUUUGCGGGAUUAAGGGGGGACUCCAAGGAACUCUGCUGACUGAUUUUAUACCGGUGUCUUUAGCCAACUCGUCCCCCUGAGCGCAGCGGGCCGGGUCAGCAGUGUUUUGUACCGCUGCUGUAGUCAGUAUUACCUAGUGAGGUGCUGACCCAGGCUACCAACUAACAUAUCUAGUCAGUUAACAUAGAGAACAACAGGAAGUGAUCGAGAGAGGGGGAGAAAGAGAGAGGGGGAUGGAGAGAGAUGAGAUGUGAGGAGAGAGAACGUAUAUAGCUGACCGUCUGUGUGUGUGUGUGUGUGUGAGAGUGCUGUCCUAUUUUUGUCUUGUGUAAACUCGUGCAUCUGUAGCCAGCUCAUUCCUUGGCACUGAGAAAUAGCCUAAUACUCCUACUACCAAUCAUGACUCCUCCUACUGCCCUCAACCCCGUAUUCCCUCUGUCUAGCUCAAGUUUUGCCUGCUGUACUGCUAUAGUCUUGCCUAAGCUCUUGAUGGAUGUUUAGCGAGGCGCGAGUUUGCAUUAGGAACAAAAAUAUGGGACAAAGAAAAAGGCGGGUGUUAAAGCUACAAAAGAGGUGUGGAGUAACCGCCAUUUAUCUCGUCUUGCUGUCUCGUUCUCAAUCUCCCUCUCUCCCUCGCUCUCUCUCUCCUCCCAUUCUUACCACAACUAGGAUAGAGAUUGUCUACUAAAAAUAAUAAUAAAAAAUAAUAAGUGUAGGUUUACUUACAAGUUGUACCUCCCCAAACCUAAACCUAAUCCCGCCCCAAAACCCCAACCUGGCAAUAAUCUAGCCGCUGUACAGUAAUUGGUGUCAAGUCGCUUUUUUGUAACAUACGGGUUUUUUGGAAGUACAUUAUUAUUAUCAGCAUUGUUAUUACUAAAGAGACCAGCAACAUACAGCAAGACUUCGUGACACAGCUGAGCAUAUAGUGUAAGAAUUUAUACUCGUGGUUUAGUUGUACGUAGAUGUGGGGCGUGGUUAUGUGUGUGUAUUUUUGGCUCUUGUGCUGGUGAUAUGCGAGGAACACGGUGGAUUAGAUUAAAAAAUAAGAUUGUAAAAGGUCUUGUAUACCCUACUAGAAAAAAGGUAUUGUGUAGCCUUUGCUUGAGGAGAGAGAAGGGAAGCUCAUGUAGCCAUCCUAGGAAGUUUUGGGUUUGCCAGGAGAGGAGAAAGUACGUUUUAGCUUUGGUUGGAAAUUGAAAAGGAAAGGUGAAAUGUAGCCGAGGUUUGAAGAGCGAGGAGGAAAGUUACUGUGGUGAAGCUCAUGUAGUUAGCCUAGGCGCUUGAAGAAGGGAAGAUAUUUUUGUAUGGUUAGCCUAGGAGUUUUGGGUAUGCCAGAAGAGAUAAGAAAUUGUGUGGUUAGCCCAUUUCUGGAUAGGCUAGGAAAGAAAAAGAGAAAGUGCGGUUUAGCAUAGGAAUGAAAAAAGUCCUUCGUUCAAAUUGGAUAAAAAGAAAAAAACACGAGUUUGCAUAGGAGUGAAAGGAUAAGUUUUCGGUUUAGAAGAAGAGAAAAAAGCCAUUGAGUUAGGGAGAAGAUAAGUGAAUGGUUGCGCAGGAAGAGACAACAAAAUAGCCUAGGAAAGGAGAGGAUAAGACUUUGUAUGUGGUUAACAGGAGAAAAAAAAGGAAAGGCAAGGCACUGAGUUAGUCUAGGUUGAGAAAGAAAAGCCAAGUAUGCUGUUUAGUAAAAAAAAAAAUGUAAAGUCAGCCCGGGAAAGGAGAGAAAAUUAAUAAGGUUUAGCAGGAAAAAAAAGAAAAAAAAUAUCAUUGAGUUAGCAUAGGCAA